AGUUGAGAGAAGAAAACCAAAGAUUGACCGAAGAGUUGGCAUCAGUUAUGAGACAAUUACACGACAACCAAAGAAUCGAUGCAGAGGUCAACACAUGUGUGGAUCAGAUGACUGACAGACGCAGUGGUCAGUCGUCUAUGCGGUCAACAGUCGGCACACAAACGAGUGAUUCAAUUGAAGACAUCAUAGGAUCAGAUGAAGACAGACCAAUCGAUAACAUCAUUGGUAGCAAAGAAUUGGCGGUCGUUUCAGACACUCGACAAUGGGAUCCGAUUGAUGUGAUGCCCAAUGAAUGCCAAUCAGAAUCACUGAUAAAUUAUCGCCAAAUCAGUCCUUUCGGUGAUACCGGAGAUGAAGACAACAAAAGCGUUACGUUUGCGGCCUUUUAUGAGUCCAUCGGUGGUCAGCGUUCAGACACUGAAUCCACUCCUGAGCCACACAUUCAACACAUGAAUACCACGAGUGGUGUCGAGAGUGAAGACAAUACCGAAGAACACUCAGACUCUAACGGAUCCAAUGGUUCUUCCAAUGAAGUGAUGAAUGGUUGCGAAGAAAGUGGUGAUUGUGUGGACGUCUCUGACAUUCAGACCACUAAAACAAUCACUGAUUCGCAGUCACGUGAAAGUGAAGACAACACCGAAGACAUUGUCAAUGAAAACCUCACGGAUUCCAUCGGAUCUACAAAUUCUCCGCAUAAUGUGGUCACAGAUUUAUACACCGAAGACAGUCGUCGGCCAAUCGAUGGCCGGCCAAAGGAUAAGCCCUAUAAAUGCCAUUUCAUUGGUUGCGGGAAAGCAUUCAAACAAUCAAAUGCUCUGUUGAGACACCGAUUGAUACACUCGGGCGACAAACCGUACAAAUGCCCGAUCGAUGGCUGCGACUACCGGUGCCGUCAACGCCAACAGCUGAGCGCUCACACUAACCGACAUCUGGGAGUCCGGCCGUACGCAUGCGCUGUCCAGACGUGCCGUAAAGCGUUUCUCUCUAAACACCACUUAAGAGAACACCGAUUGGUCUACUCGGACGCCCGGCCCCACCCGUGCCCUCACCCGCGCUGUACUCAACGGUUCAAAACCCCGUCAAACCUUCGCAAUCAUUGGGUGGCUGUUCACCAA